AUGUCCGCCGUCAACCGCAGCAUCAGGACUGCCACGAGAUCGCUGCGCUUGCCAUCGCAGAGCGUCCGCCUGGCAGCUCCCCUCCGUGCCGGCCUCGCCUCCACCCACCUCAACGCCUCCACCGCUUCUGCCCGCACUUCCUCCUCUUCUUCCUCCGCACACAACUUCUCGACCGCUGCUGCCAGACAGAGCGGUGCCCCAGCCAUGUCUUCCGAACCCAGAGAGUACGAUCCCGAGAUCAACGACAUUGCCAACUAUGUCCAGAACUACAAGGUCGACUCUGAGCUAGCUUUCGACACGGCGCGAUGGGUCUUCCUCGACACCCUCGGCUGCGGCCUCGAGGGUCUGCGCUUCAAGGAGUGCACCAAGCUGCUGGGCCCCAUCGUCCCCGGCACCACGGUGCCCAACGGCCCCAAGGUGCCCGGCACCGACUUCCAGCUCGACCCCGUCAACGCGGCCUUCAACAUUGGCGCCAUGAUCCGCUGGCUCGACUACAACGACUGCUGGCUCGCGGCCGAGUGGGGUCACCCCUCGGACAACCUGGGCGCCAUCCUCGCCGUCGCCGACUGGAUCACGCGCACCAACAAGGCCGGCGGCAACCUCGCCAACGGCAAGCAGUUCACCAUCCGCGACGUGCUCGAGGCCAUGAUCAAGGCCCACGAGAUCCAGGGCUGCCUGGCGCUGCUCAACUCGUACAACAAGGUCGGCCUCGACCACGUCGUGCUCGUCAAGGUGGCCAGCACGGCCGUCGUGUCCAAGAUGCUCGGCCUCAGCGAGAAGCAGAUUGCCGACGCCGUCACCCAGGCCUGGGUCGACGGCCAGAGCCUGCGCACCUACCGCCACUCGCCCAACACCAUGUCGCGCAAGUCGUGGGCGGCCGGCGACGCCUGCCAGCGCGCCGUCAACCUCGCGCUCAAGGUGCUCAAGGGCGAGCAGGGCGUGCCGACGGUGCUGUCGGCGCCCGUCUGGGGCUUCUACGACGUCCUCUUCAAGGGCAAGAAGUUUGAGUUCCAGCGCCCCUACGGCAGCUACGUCAUGGAGAACGUCCUCUUCAAGGUCUCGUACCCCGCCGAGUUCCACUCGCAGACGGCCGUCGAGGCGUCGGAGAAGAUCUACGGCCAGCUCAAGGCCCUCGGCAAGUCGGCCGCCGACAUCAAGGGCAUCACGUGCCGCACCCACGAGGCCUGCAUCCGCAUCAUCGACAAGCAGUUCAAGCCCAUGGACAACUUUGCCGACCGCGACCACUGCAUCCAGUACAUGUGCUCCGUCAUGCUCGUCUUUGGCCGCCUCGAGGCCACCGACUACCCCGACGGCAGCGAGGCCGCCACGUCCGAGAUGGUCGAGUCGCUGCGCAAGCGCUUCAAGUGCGUCGAGGACCCCCAGUUCACCAAGGACUACCACGACCCCGCCCUGCGCACCAUCUCCAACGCCCUGACCGUCGAGCUCAACGACGGCACCGUGCUCGAGGAGGUCGUCGUCGAGGCGCCCCUCGGCCACCGCCUGCGUCGCGAGGAGGCCAAGCCCGAGAUUCUCAAGAAGUACCAGAGGCACCUGGCCCCCCACUUCAGCGAGAACAAGGUCAAGCAGCUCGUCGAGCUCGGCCUCGACCAGCAGAAGCUCGAGUCGACGCCGGUCGACGAGUACGUUGACCUGUACGUCAGCAAGGACAGCAAGUUCAUCUAA